UUGUCGAUGACUGGAGUUCUCACGAUAAUCCAAAAAUAAAAAAUGAAAAAAGAAAAUGAUCCCAAAUCAUGGGACGGAAAAGAAAAAAGAGAAAAAUUAGGGUCGAAAAGUAAAUAAUAAAACAUGGGGGCGUAACAUGAAAAUUUUCAUUCGGUAGUCUCUGCUUGAAGAGCAAGACCUUCUCCGACCACGGUACCGGCAGCAGAGGCACCACCACGGCCGUGUAAGCGAGAGCCGGGAACCGCACUCGGAUCCUCUCAGAGUCGGAGCAGCAUGUUUGGAGACUGCUGCUGUUGCUCCUGUUUCAGGCACAGGAACUCCGAUGACGGUGCCGACCGGGACCCCGUCCUGCUGAUUUCCGGAAUCGGGGGCUCCAUUCUUCAUUCGAAAAAAAAAAAGUUGGGGUUCCCGACCCGGGUUUGGGUCCGAAUCCUCCUAGCUGAUUUGGAGUUCAAGAAGAAGCUCUGGUCACUCUACAAUCCCCGGACUGGUUAUACGGAAGCACUGGCUAAUGACACUGAGAUUGUUGUCCCUGAUGAUGAUUUUGGACUGUAUGCUAUUGAUAUCUUGGAUCCCUCACUGUGGAUAAAAUGUUUACAUUUGAAGGAGGUAUAUCAUUUUCACGAGAUGAUUAAUAUGCUUGUUGGUUGUGGAUAUAAGAAAGGAACCACAUUGUUUGGAUAUGGUUAUGACUUCCGUCAAAGCAUUAGAAUAGACAAGCUGAUGGAUGGUCUGAAAGUAAAGUUGGAAACUGCAUACAAAGCUUCAGGGGGUAGAAAAGUUAAUAUAAUUUCGCAUUCGAUGGGUGGAUUACUAGUGUUGUGUUUCAUGUCGCUCCACAAUGACGUUUUUUCAAAAUAUGUAAAUAAGUGGAUUUGUAUAGCAUGUCCUUUUCAAGGUGCACCAGGAUGCAUAAAUGAUUCUCUCUUAACAGGAUUGCAGUUUGUUGAAGGUUUUGAAAGCUACUUUUUUGUUUCAAGGUGGACGAUGCAUCAGCUGUUGGUUGAGUGCCCAUCAAUCUAUGAGAUGUUGCCAAAUCCAGAAUUCAAGUGGCAGAAGCAGCCUAAAAUACAGGUUUGGCGAAAGCAGUCCAAGGAUGAGGAAACUUCAUCUGCCAGAUUGGAAUCAUAUGGACCACUUGAAAGUGCCAAUUUGUUUGAAGAAGCAUUAAGGCAUAAUGAGCUAAAUUACGAUGGGAAAACGGUUGCUCUCCCCUUUAACUUUUCUAUUCUCACAUGGGCUGCUGGUACUCGCGAAGUUCUCAAUAAUGCUAGACUACCAGAAGGAGUCUGCUUCUACAACAUUUUUGGAACAUCAUUUGACACCCCGUUUGAUGUUUGUUAUGGUUCCGAUAUUUCUCCAGUUGAGGACUUGCCUGAAAUCUGCCAUACCAUGCCUCAAUAUUCUUAUGUGGAUGGAGAUGAAACUGUACCUGCUGAAUCAGCAAAGGCAGAUGGAUUUGCAGCUGCAGAAAGAGUAGGAAUAGCAGCUAGGCACCGGGAUCUGUUAUGCGACAAAACAGUGUUUCAGUUCAUCCAGAAAUGGUUGGGAGUCACCCAGGUCAGCAAGCGUUCAAAGAGUUCAACAAGAGUGACAGAUUCUUUUCCAAACUGAUCAUGCCUUUGUAACAAUGUUCUUUAACAUUCUUGACAUGCCAUGUAUUUUGUAAAUAAAAUGACCAUGCGCUGGGAAUGAGUUGCUGCUUUGCAUAUGCUCUAUGCAUAGGUUUAAUUAGUUCUUAUUUUAUUUGUAUUAGUGUGUUGAGUUCUAGGAAUUUGGCUUCCUAUUUAAUGAUUGAUUUGGGACUAAGUUAUGAAUAUUGGUCUGGUGUUGUAUGCCACCAUGAUGGCACCAGAAUAUUUGUCAUGUCACCGUAAUGGGAAUAUGAUUUGUUGACUCUGGCUUUAGCUCC